UCCUUACAUGUGUCAUAUACUCUUAACUUCACUCUUAUAAUUUCCCUUUUAUCUCUCAUCCACAAUUUAACCAACCAACACUUGAACUAAAAACUAGGACUCUAACCUUUGUUCUCACCAUACAAACAUACAACUUGUACUACAAAUUAUUACCCAUUUACUCAUCUUCUUCCUCAACCUAGCUAGCUUCCUGUACGUAAUGGCAUUGGUUGUAGAUGAACAAUCAACCUUGAAGUAUUUUUGUAGAAUAUGCAAAAAAGGGUUCAUGUGUGGAAGAGCAUUGGGAGGGCACAUGAGGGCUCAUGGAAUAGGCGACGAGAGUGGGGGCUUCGACGACGAUGAUCGAGCUAGUGAUUGGGAGGACAAAGGAUCACCAACCAAUAAGAGAAUGUACAAACUAAGGACGAACCCUAAUAGGGUAAGAAGUUAUAGGGUUUGUAAAAAUUGUGGAAGGGAGUUUAUGUCAUUUAAAUCUUUCUUAGAGCCAUGUAAAUGUAGCUCCGACGACGUCGACGUCGAAUCCCCUUUAUCAUCCCCUGAAUCAGAUGAAGAUGACGGUCAAGGGGGUAUGACAAGGGCGUCCGGGUGGUCGAAAAGGAAGAGAUCAUUUCGGACGAAAGUUGAUAGUUUUACACCAAACCAUUGCCCCUCUAGCGAGGAGGAAGACCUUGCAAACUGCUUAAUGAUGCUUUCGAAUGCCACGGUGGAACAUCGUCACCCUUUGAUAAUGGUGGAUGAAUCGAGUAAGGAAGAUGAGAGGCGGCAUUCAAUGAGCUUCAUUAUGACACGAGAACAACCUUAUUCUUCUGAUCAUCUUAUGAAGGCCAAAGGUACUAAUAAUAAUAAUAAUAAUAAUAAUAAUAAUAAUAACGCAAAGGGUUCGUUCGAGUGUAAAGCAUGUGGUAAGACGUUUACUUCACAUCAAGCAUUAGGUGGUCAUAGAGCUAGUCAUAAGAAAGUUAAAGGCUGUUUCGCAGCGAGAUUAGAUCAUCAAGUUGAACAAGAUCAUAGUUAUAAUGGAGAAGAAGAUAACUUUGUAAGCAGUAGUGAUCAAGAGUUUAUGAGACCGGACAAAUCAUGUACAACGUACCAAUUCGAAUAUGGAGCCGGCUCAAGUUCUCCAUUACCAAAUUUGUCUUCUAAAAGGCCUAAAUCAAAAGUCCAUGAAUGUUCAAUUUGUCACAGGGUGUUUUCAUCUGGACAAGCACUAGGUGGUCAUAAGAGAUGUCAUUGGAUUACCUCCAAUGCACCACCGGAUAAUUCAACGCUAGCGCGGUUUCAAGAGCUUCAUGAUCAAAUAGAGCAAGUACAUCAAAGGGCGGCGGCCCCUGUUUUUGGUACUCAACUCUCUAUCUCUGAGCAGCAAAAGGCAUUGGAUCUCAACAUCCCAGCUUCAGCUUUAGCUUCAAAUCAUCAUCAUCAUCAUCAUCAUCAUCAACAACAUCAAGACAUGUUAAGGCUACAAAGAGACCCUAGGAACCCUUUGAGCUUCCAAGUACCUACCGAUAUCCUAUUACAAUCUUGGGGAAAUACUGUUAAUGUAGAAAUUAAGCAAGAGAAUCAUCAACAUCUUCAACACCAACAGGGGAAUAACUAUGAGAUUAUUAAUCAGGGCGAAAAUGACAAGAAGAUUAAUAACAACAACAUUAGUGUUAAUGACUCCCAUACGCCUACUAAUGCAGAUGAUGAAGCAGAUAGUAAACUCAAGUUGGCUAAAUUAUGUGAUAAUAUGACUACUAAUGGUAGCUCUUCUCCAUGGUUACAAGUAGGGAUUGCCCCAACCAAUGCGCAAUCUUAAAGCCAACCCAUUCAUUAUAUAUUUUUUAAGUUUACAAAAUACCAUCAAAAUUCAAGAAAAAAUAAGCAAACAAAAUAUAUAUGUCAGAGAAAAGAUUUAGGUAUAUAUAUACUUAUUAUGUUGAAAUUAUACACUGUAAUUAUAAUAUACUCAUCAACAAUCCUCGUCAAGGAUAAAAAAAGUUUGUUAUAUAGCAAUUAGUAUAUAUUUAUUAGUAUAUAUUUGAAAAACCAUUAUGUUAA